CUCCCUCUUCUCCUUCUUAGAUCGACGCCCCUUCCUCUCCCGAUCAGGAUCGACGCCCCUUGCUUCUCCGUCCAACCAUACCGCAUCUCCUCCAACUCCUCCCUUUGGGUGAGAAGAGGAACCCUUUUUCGCAUUCCAGUGUCGACGCUACCGUCACUCUGAUAGGGUUUUUUUGGAUACGAGGAAACCUUCCUAACUAUUGCUACUUUCCAUUUCAUUUUCAUUUUCCAAGUUAAGCUCAUUUCCUGUCUCCUUUGAUCGGCCGUCAACCUCUGACAGGUUCGAUCUCGCGCCUGCUUCUUUGCUCCGAGGUUUGGACAGAUCUUUCCCCCUUAUCCGCAGUACGAAUUGUAUCUUUCUGCAUGGGCUGUAGGGAUUUCAACUCAGGGGUUUGCAAUAGCACAAAUGCUGUUCCUUUCAAGUAGGAUGGGAAGGUGGGCAUGCUCCCGCGUGGGGAUGCUAGAUCUGAGUGAAUGUGAGCUUAAAAGUUCAUAUUUUAGAGGGUUCUGUGGGUUUUGGAUUUUACUGUCUAUUGUUCUUAGGUGGAUCUGAACGCGUGCUUUUUAGUUAUAUAGUCACUUGACCUGGACAGAAUUUUAUGGAGGUGAAGUUGGACAAUUACGCAGGGUGGUUGUGGAAAUUAUUGUUUUGUACUUGGAUUUUAUAGCCCGUCUUCCCUCAGAUUGAACUGCUUCUGGAUGAUCUGGUUUGCCAGGAAUAAUUUGAAAAAAAUAUCUUGUUUUGAUGAAAUGACUGCCAGUUAUUGUGAUAAUAAUUGCAUGUUUAUAGCAUUUUUUUGUAUCUUAAAACAUCUUUAUCUAGUUUUUUAUCAUCAAACAAAAACAAACGUGUGCCAUAGAGAUGUCUACUAAUGGAUACCCUAUGAACUUUCUUUUUUAUCAGUGACCGCAUUAAUAGACUUGAUCACAAAGUUUUAUGUGUAAUCCUUGAUUUGGAGAAUUGACUUAUUUAUGGACAAAUUUAUAAUUACACUAAUUUUGUUAAUUAGAUUCUAGUCUUGGCUGCAGUAUUUUCUACUUUUACUUAUCUGGUCACCAGGGCUUUCCUUAUUUUAGUAACAAGUUAAUGAUUCAAGUAGUUUGUUACUCUCUAUGCUGUGACAUUAUUGUGUAGUUAUUUUUUUAUCUUCAUAAAUUUGUUUGAUCCCUCUAAUUUAAGUGGUUAUUUCUCUUUAUUUCAAGCCAUAUAGACAGAUCUGUGGGGACCCUUGGCACUCUAUCAUGCUUGUAUUCUGUUAUUUCAAGCUAAGCUUGGCAAUGACGAGAAUGUACUGGAAGAAAAUGACAUCGUUAAAUUGACUUGGGGUGUCAUAUUGAUGGGUUUAUUACUGUGGUGGCACACACUCAUGUUAUAAAGGAAGGACCAGUGACUGGUAGAGCAGCAAAUGUGAUUGUUGCUGCCAAUACAGCAGCAAAAGUUGCCUUGCGCCUUGUGAGGCCAGGAAAAAAGACGUUACAAGACUGCUCAUUGUUCUAAGUCAACACUUCAAGCCACAUUGAUGUUAAUUCCAACUUCAAUAUUACCAUCAUCUGCUCUGGAACUUGUAGCUCUGGACCACCUCCUUCAGCAAAAGAUGCUACUUGUUAUAUGAGCAAUACUCAAAGCAGUCCAGUUGAUCAAGAUGACAAGGAUGGCUCUGGUCCUGAAGGUCAUGUUACAGAACCAGCAAUGGAAACGAUGGAAGAUAAGUUCCUCAAUCCAAUCCAGAAACAGGACGAAAAUAGGCUAACUGUACAUGGUGGCUUUACAGGUCCGCAAAUUUCCUCCUCCAGAUGUAAGCCAUUUUUAACAUCACACAAGGAAAAGACGUCCCACCAGGCAACGUCUGUGGUCAACGAGACAAGAGUGUCUACAAACAGAAAAGUCAUUGUGAGAAGCUCAUACUUCAAGCAUAAGCCAUCAGAUGUCAAUAGUCUCCAUCGACCCAAUGAUGGUGCCACAAAUGGUAAUGAAAAUAACGAUUGUAUUCCUGGUGGCUACCCUGUCAAGAAAAGAAAACUAUCUGAGGACAACGAAAAUCAGCCACCCAUCUUAGUAAUGAAUCAGGAAAAUCUGCCAUCAAGUAAUGCGAGGAUUUCAGUUCAUCAUGGAGAAGAUAAUCAAGUGUCUCGUUUGAACAACAAUGGCGCCAUGGUAAGGGAAGGAGGAAAAUUCGGUUGUGACAUUUCACAUGUGAACAACUACACAACUGUAGCGGAGAGAUCAAUGGACAGAUUUGCAGCGCUCAUGUCAUCUUUCAGAUACACUCAAUCAAGUGCCCGUGCAAGUGUCCUCCGUGCACCUCUAAAAGACGUUCAAAAUUCUUCUUCCUCUGCAAGGAGGAAAGCUGUGCCCAUUGCCAUUGAAGAAUUCACAUAUACAUUCCAAAAAUAAGGUUGACUUGGGGAGUUUCUAGUCAGCUAAAUUUUCACAAUUUUGUAUGUAUGCUCAGUGGCCUUUGCCAUAUAUACAUUUUGGUAGGCCUCUAAAUUGCAUAUUAUAUGCAUAUGUAUAAGUAUAUGUGUAUCGGUGUGUAUGCGGAUGCGCGCAAUUAUCCUUCAAUGAAUUAAGCAUUAUGAACAAUAGUCUUCCACAACAGCCUUUAAAAACUUAGUAUUCUAUUUUAUUUGAUACAUGUACACAUUUAUUUUAGUUAUUUGACAUAUGGUGGAUUAUUGGGUCCUGAUCAUGAAUUAACUUUGUAUAAAGUAUUGUAGAUUAUCUUUGUUGCAAGUAUCAAUUAGAAAGGGACUUUCUUUGGUUUAGAUAUUUUGCAUUCCAAAUUUAGUUUAUUGGUAGUUCUCAUUGCAAAACCAGACUGAAAAGCUUUCAAAAUGCUUGAUUUGAAGUGUUAGAAGGAUAGAGAUCAGAAAAACUAGACUGGCCUCGUUAGAGCUAGAGCAGAUAUUUGGAAAAAAAUAAAUAAAUC